GUUUCUGCUGAGCCUGAUGGAGCUACUUAUGUAUUUCAAGGAUUUAUUCAAGGCAAAGAUUAUGGGCAAUUUGGACUACAAAGACUGGGACUGAAUAUGUCAGAAGGUGCAAAUUCUUCAAAUCAACCUCAUGGUACAAAUAGUAGUUCUGUGGCCAUUGCUAUUCUUGUGCCUUUUUUUGCCCUUAUAUUUGCAGGAUUUGGAUUUUAUCUUUAUAAACAAAGGACUGCACCCAAAACACAAUAUACGGGAUGUUCAGUUCAUGAAAAUAACAAUGGUCAAGCCGCUUUUGAAAACCCCAUGUACGACACCAAUGCGAAAUCAGUGGAAGGGAAGGCAGUACGAUUCGAUCCCAACUUGAACACGGUUUGCACAAUGGUAUAACACGGCAACCGCUAGCCUUCUUCAGAAGCUUGGAAAUCGACACACAAAACAGUGCACAUUUAGUUCACUGCUAAACAAAUUAAAGCACACUUUUCAGGACUAGCUGGGUCACCUUUUCCUGAGGAAUGAUAGAGAAGAGUGUUUUUUCAUAAACUGGACCAUAAUUCUUCUUCAUGGUCACCAUGGAGAGUUUUACAGAAAUUCAGCUGCACUCUGAGAGUGCUUACUCACAGUUUAUUUGCUUUUUUUAAAAAGGAGAUUAUUCUAAAACAUAAACUUAUUUGCAUAUAUUGGAGGAGCAUCCACUAUCAGUAUUUCUGUGCUUUAUAAACUAUAUUAGAGGG